AUGUGCAAUAAUUAUUUACAACCAUUGUUAUGUCGUCUAAUGACCAUCAUCGCCGUUAUUAUUUUCUACGGUGUCUUCGACGUCCACGUCGGUGCGACCACUAACAACGGUACUCACCGGAAACACCAGAGCCAUCUGAAACCAAGGUUUUUGAACGGACACUACGUGACAUGGCCUACUAAAAGCGACGGGACGACAUCCUAUUGCGACGCGGACAGUCCACCGCCGAAGCCGCCACCCCACAUUUAUUACGUACCGGACAACGUGGUCUUCACCCGCAUGCAAAUGGCCGGAGACAGAGCGUUCAUCGUGUCCCCGAGAUAUAAGCCAGGUGUACCGUUUACUUUGGGUUAUGUUUCAUUAACUGAUCGUGUGUCAAAUUCAACGGUUUUAAAUAACAACAGUUUGAAUACCGAACACAAGCGUAAUAACGAUGAUGGUUAUCAUUCAGUAUCACCAUAUCCAUCACUUCGAGCACAUUGUCAAUUUACCAAGCUCUCAACACAGUAUAAAGGAAAAGAAAAUCUGUGUGAUAGUGAAGGACUUGUGAACGUAGUAGAUGUGUACUUGGGUCCAGAUGGUAUACUAUGGAUUCUUGAUAUUGGCGUUGUCAAUACAUUAACGUCACCUGAUCGUGCUAGCAAACCAAAAAAAUACAGCGACCCAAAGGUUUUGGGUAUUAAUGUAACUACUGGUGUUACUGUACACAAGAUAAUGCUAGGAAAACUCAUGAAGCCUAUACCCGCCCACGACGAGAGGAUAAAAAUGAUAGCUCGAUCGCUGUGCUCCAUAGUUGUGGAAUACGACGACAACGGUGACGAAGACACUUCAGCUCAGGAGUCGAAGACAAAAAAAAAGACAGCGACAAACAACCGCGGCAUGACGGAGGAAUUUAUUAGAAACAAAUGGUCAUCACGAAAUAAUCCGGAGGACAUCGGAAGCGGAAUCUAUGACGGUUGUAAAAGUGCAGACAGCGUUGGCGGUGGCAAUAACGUUAGCAACGGAAAUGGUGUUAGUGGAUGGAGUAGCGAGCACAGGAGCAUUAACAACAGGAGCAGCAACAGCACUUGUAGUGGAGCUAAUCCUCCGAUUGUCCGCAGUCGUCGACAUUCGAACGACACGUCGAGUGUAACCAGACCAAAACCAGUGGCGGUGUACGUGGGUGACGCGUGCACCCACGACCAGUUCAAAGGUUUAAUUGUGGUGUGGCUGGUGAACGACGGCCGUGGGAUCCGCGUGAUCUUACCGGCGUCCGUUUCGACCGUAGAGGACGAUGACAGCUGUGACGGUGACCUGGACCCGAGCCGGAAUACUCUGCACAUGGCACUGUUGAACGACUUCGGCGGUCGGCGGCGGCGGCGGCACCUGUACUUCACGUACGGCCGACACCCGGACGCGUACCGGAUCCCGGUGUCCGCGUUCCGGGUCCACGGCCGCCGAGGCACCGCCGACAGUGGAUUCACCGACCUGAAAUUGACCAAUUGUCCGUCGACCGGCAGCGAUCGGUGCGUGAUGAACGUAGGCCGGAAACCGAUCAGCGGCGGCGGCAACAUCGGUAGACCUCUGGUUCCGGUCGACUCGGCGUACGGCGUACAGUGGUAUUUCCGUGAUCCUGCAGUCAUCCGUCGGGCGGACUUGUACGUCUGGGACGCCCGUCGAACGUUUCACUCGGAAUACUUCGAGUUGGUUGUGCGUGGUCACGUGGCGGCGGCGGUGGCGAGCGUCCAGCACGGUGGUCGACCGCCCGCCACCAAUGUCUGCGGUUUGCCACCGAGAACGAGGUGUGGAAGAGAUACCGAGCAUGCGAAGGACACGGGACGUGAAAAGGACACGGAACAAGGAAAGGACCUGGAACCAGGAAAAGAAACGGGACGUGGGAAGGACAAGGGGCGUGGUAAAGACAAGGGUCGCGGGAAGGACAAGGGACGAGGAAAGGACGUGGGAUGUGAGCUAGACUAUGGCUGCAACAACGACGACGAUGACCCGUGCGAAAGCUGCAACGACGUCAGCGAUGCAUUAAUCAAAAACGCAACAGCUACCGGCAACAAGCGUCCCAGUGGGGGCCGACUAUCCCCAGGCUGCAUGGAAAUAACGUCUGUGGACUACGAGAACACCCAACCAACGGGUACGGCCGCGGGUGAUUAUGUCCUGUGGGCGUUGCAUUCCAACAUUCAGGAUUGGGUGCAUGGUCAGACUGGACGUUUUGGUAUGACCGCGUUGCUGUGUCCGAUCGUGUGCAAUACCGCGGGCGAUUAAUAUUAU